AUGGUCUCGCAACUCAAGUCGAUCACGUUCUUCGUUCUCCUCAUUAUGACUGCUAUGGCUUAUGUUCAAUCGGCCCCAUCAAACGGCGGUUCGGGAAGCUUUGGUGGAUCAUCCGCGAGUGGAUGGGCCAGCGUUGGUGGUGGGAAUGGUGGAAAUAAUAAUGGAAUGCGCCUGCAGGGCUGGAUCACUCCCGUAGACCCAUGA